AAUCGAAGUGUUUUUGUCAUUUUUGUUUUGUUAGUCAUUCAUUCCAAGACCACAACGUCAAAAACUGACAAUAACGUAAUCAUUCGUUCUUCAGUUUGUCAUCAAGUUUACUCGCAGAGUUCCGCAGAAAAAAAUCUAAAAAUGGCCACUGAAGUGGAGGAUACAAUCAAGAGAAUUCAAGCCCAUAAAGGUGUUAUGGGUGUCAUCAUUGUGAAUCACGAAGGUAUACCCAUUAAAAGCUCGCUGGAUAAUGCAACCUCUGUGCUAUACUCCGGUCUGAUUGGUCAGCUCACUGAAAAAGCUAAGAAUGUUGUCCGCGAAAUGGACACUACAAAUGAGCUGACAUUCUUACGUGUGAGGAGUAGGAGACAUGAGAUACUGAUCGCACCUGAUCGUGAAUUCAUACUCAUUGUCAUACAGAACACGUCUGAUUAGCUUCACAGUACACCAUAUUGAAAAAGAGGCCUUUAAACAACAAGGAAAAAUAUGGUUUAUUUUACUAUAAAACUCAGAUAAAAAUACUUCAAAGUUAAAAAAUUAACACCCUAAAAUUUUGGUACACUAAUGCCCAUUUUCACCAACAAAUACCUAAAUUUAGGGAUCCCCUAAGAGCAUUUGGGGAACACUUAAUACGAAUUUCGUUUUCCCAAAAGCUUAAGUGUCCCUUAUAACCUUCUAUUAUUGGGGGAGCCCUUAUUCUAAAUGACACUUAGGGAUAUGUUAAGAUAUUGUUGGUGAAAAUGAGCAUUAAUUUUUAUUUAAGAAUUUGGCCUCAUGCACUUGUAGACUCAUUUCUUGUAACUGUUUAAGCUAUGAAGAAUAAGGGACAUCUUAUUACAUAUAUAUUUGCACUGUGGUAUGUUAAAAGUGUAAUUUUUGCAUGUGUAUUGUGUUAACUUCUCAAAUACUACAAAAAGGAGGGACCUUAAAGUUUGGUAUUGGUUUUAACCGACUUCCCAAAGGAGGUUUUGCAAUUCAUCUUCUUUUUUUUAAAGUGAUAAUGACAAGUCUAAAGAAUUAUUUCAAUCAUACUUAAUCUUAACAGUUGCUUCGUAUGUAUAAGUUAUUAAUUGUCGACUUAAGUUGUAAUUUUUUAUUAGUGUAGGGAUAACAUAACUUUAUUUAAGAAUACGUUUUUCCAUGAAAAUUGAUUAUUUAUGUAUCUAAAAGUCAAAAAUCAUAUUAUGUACUUCUUUGAAGUUUAUCUAUGAUUUUUGACUGAGAUUUUUUUAUGUAAGAACACUAAUAAAUAUUUAUACACA